AUGUCUGAAGCACACAACACCGCCGCACCGGCCACUGCCACGGCUCCGGCUGAUACCACAACGGCUGCUCCAGCUGUCGACGCCCACAAUGUCGCUGACCGCGUCGUGGCCGCUCCAGUCGUCAACGGAGAUGCUCCCAAGACACACGCCGAGACCAGCGAUGCUGCACCCACAACCGAUGGAGCUGUCGUCACAGAAGAGGCUGCUUCGUCCGAGGUCACCGAGAAGGCCGUCGAGCCCAUCACUGAGGGUCAGCUCGCAUACAAGGGACCAGGUCUUGUCAAAUCUCUCAUCCCAUCCAAGAAGGAGUUCUGGCUCGAUGACUCCGCCGUCAGCCCAUCGAACCUCUCCCUCUACCUCCGCGGUGAGAAGCCCGAGGUGGCCCACCCCGUCGUGGCAUGGGCCAGCCAGACCGGCAAGGGUCUCCUCUUCUUCAACAAGAAAGGCGAAAUCAACCGCGCACACCCUCAUGAUAUUCUCCCCCUCUACGAUGCUACCGAGCUCAAGAAAGAACACCCUCACUCUUUCUCCUUCAAGAUCAACGGCAAGGAGCACUCCUUCAAGGCAACCAGCGAUGCGGAGCGUGAUGGAUGGUACAUCUCCAUUGAGAAGUCCAUCGAGUUGGGCAAGGCCUCCAAGCAGGAGGUCCGUGACACUGCUGGCUACACUGAGGAGUUUGAGAAGCUGAGCAAGCCAAGCCACGCCGUCCCAGCCGUCGUGACCAAGCGCAACCAAUCCAACCCAAAGAAGAGCGCCGAAGGUGAGCGUGCCACCAGCUCCUCCAGCAGCUCCAACAAUGAGGGCGAGAAGAAGGAAAAGAAGAAGAGCCGUUCCACUUCUCGUGGAAUCCUCCAGCGCCUCCAGAGCGGCAAGAAGGAGACCAAGGUCGAGAAGGAUGAGGAGAAGAAGGUCGAGGCUGGUGAAGUGACCAAGCCAGAGGGCGAGACUGCCGAGCCAGUGCUCGCUUCUACUGAGGCUGCGCCCGUUCACGCUGCUGUUGCCACUGCUGAGAUCCCAUCUGCUGGCGAGGACAAGACCGCGGACCACACCAACGAGACCGCUCCUCUUACCACCGAGGAGAAGACCACCAAGCCCAACAAGCGUGCCAGCAUCUUCGGCCGCGUCUCCUCCGGCUGGAGCAGCAUCAAGAGCCCUACCAAGGAAAAGGAACAGAAGGACGCCGAGCUCAAGAUUGCUGAGCCACACACCACUGAGGCUGUCUCCGAGAACCCACCUGUCCUCCCAGAGACUGCCACUACCGAGCCUGUCCCAGCUCCCGUCGUGCCAGCUGUCGAGGAGCCAGCUGUCGUCGAUAAGAAGACCGAGAACACAACUCCUGCCGAGACUUCGGAGCCCACCAAGGAGAAGUCCAACUUCCUCACCACUUUGAUGAACCGCGCACGCAGCGUCAGCCCAUCGACUCAGAAGAAGGAGCAGCACGCCAAGAAGGAGGAGACCACCGUGGCUCCUGUUGAGGAGGCCAAGGUCGAGGAGCCUGCCGUUGUCGCCACCGAGCCAGCAGCCGCCACUACCGUCGAGCCCACCUCUCCAGUUGCUGAGAAGACUGAGGAGCCUACCAGCAAGGCCGACAAGCGCCAGUCCGUGCUCGGCAACCUCGGUCGUCGUGCCAGCAAGGCCCUCAACCGCAUCCAGACUCCCAAGAAGGAGACUUCUACCGCUGCGGAGACCAAAAAGGAGGAGAACGCUGUCGAGAAGGAUGUCGCUGCUCCCGCCACCACCGAGACUACCUCCACCCUCGGCCCUGUCGCCGCCAACAACAACAACACAACCGAGGAGAAGGCCAUUGGUGACGUCGUCCCUGACGCCGUCUCCUCUGGCCACCCUCAGAACACCACCGCUGCCGCUUCCCCGGCUCCGGUCACCGCGAGCGCGUAAAGUCCAAAGAAGAAGAGGGAGGUAUGGUGGGUUCGACCUGAAGCUGUCUCAGCUGGGGCCUGAGCUCGCCUUGUUGUCGCCCUCUUCUUCUGAAGACCUUCCGUCGAGACCCUCCAUCUUCUGACUUGGAGUCUCUCUCCAGCACACUGGCUGCUUGCUUGGAUGGCACCCGACCACUAUACCCCUUCCACCCUCACCACUUCCUUUGCGGUUUCCAUGUCCGGCUUUGCUUUUUGUUCAUGUUGUCCUGCGGUCUCGGUUUUGUUUUCAUUGAACAGCGCUUAAUACCCCCAUACCCCG